AUGGCUGAUGAAAUUAUAGUGAGCGAGGUCGAAGGUCCGCUAGAGGUGGUCAAAUGUUUUGUAAGGAAAGAAGAUGGCCUCGAAGGACAAAGACGGAAAUUGGUGGUAGUAGGACUGGAGUACAUAGAUGUUUUCGAAGGUUUAGAACUAGAUGAAGCACGCAAGGUGUUAAGGCUUAGGACCGAGGGGUGCACAGUGGCAACUUUUUACUUCAAGGACCAUUAUAUAGCCAAUCGAAGUUUCUAUAUUCUGUUAAAGUCUACGGGACGAUUGGACUUCAUUGACCUUGACUACAAGCUGGUCAAAUCUUUGGAGACUGGGAUCGAGCAGGUGAGGUCUGAUCCAAAGUUCUUGUUUCAAGAUCCAUUGCGACCAGCUUUGAUUUUUAAUUUGUCUUCCACAGAAAUUUACGAAAUUUCCACCGAGGACAUUCCUAAUUUAGUAGAAACGGACAUUAAAUUAAGCUAUGUCACAUCCUCACCGAUAGUGUCGAUAGAUGCAUGUUUAAAUUUUAACGACGUUUUAGACAAAGAUGUCUUCACGUUGUCCAUUCUCACGCAUGUGUACAAUGCGACCGAAUAUCAGUUGGAAGCAUGCGUGUGUGUAUUCGAAACUAAACCCGUCAAAAAGAUUACGUGGAAAAGGACGAUCAACUUAUCUUUUGCAGACAAAGCCAUGGUCACACAGAUACUUUUGAAAUCAGUUGCUAAUGUUGGACAUUUUAUCUUUACGCCAUGGAAAACCUAUUUAAUCAAGCAUGCCUCGUCAUCCAAACAGAGUAUUAGCGGUGAAGCGAUAGGUGCAUUGUAUCAAGGUCCUGGUGCCUUUAAACCUGAAACAAUAGGGGAAACAGGGCUUUUGCGGCCCAUUCUGGCGGAUGUUACAUUGGAUCAUUUGACAUUUACGUUUGUGACAGAUACAGCAGUUAUUGUAAGUUGCAGAAUGAAUGCAAUCCUGAGCAGUUUUGAAGAGGAUACAUAUAUUUGGGAAAGAACUUUAUUUGAGAGGCUUCCCAUUAAUGAUGGUACGGCACCUGAGCACUACCUUUCGGCAUUUUUUGAUGAAAAGUACUGGAUUCUGGUAUGCUUAAAGGGCCACCUUACAGUGUAUUCAGUUGAAAACGAAAAGCAUUGUAACUCCGUUUCUCUUGGUUCUUUACUUUGCAAAUCGACUUUAUAUUCUGAUUUCAUAGGAAGCUACACCCGAUCGCACUUAUCUUGCGGAUCGUUACAUAAUGGGCAGGGUUUUCUGAACAUGAAAUUUCAAUCGUAUAGGAACAUUUUUGCUUCCACUUCCAUGAAGCUACUCUUUCAAACUAAAAACGGUGCUCCUCGUCAAGUUUACUCCACAAAAGAAGGUGUCUAUUGGGCAGACGUGAAUAAUAGUAUCUAUAAAGGUAGUGAGCGAAUUCAUUCAGAGCUAAAUGACUGUUUUAUUGCUACUAGAGAUGGGACCAUACUGAAAGAUAGAACGAUCGUCACUUUGGCCCCAAUUGAAAAAGAUGAAGGUUGUAAUUAUGUGUAUGUGACCGAACAAGGGUAUUUGAGAUGGAGUUGUUCCCAAGGCUCUUAUCGAAUUCCAAACAUGGAAACGAAGUUGACCAUAGAGAAUUGCUUUUUAUCAGCUAUCUGUAACAAUGGUUCAUUUCUGACGGUGCUUGUGCUGAAUGAUGAACUAACGGUAUUUAAUAACUGCAAUCGAUUGAAGAGUGCGAAAGUGCUUUUCAAUAUACUAUCUGGUUUGGCAUCCAUUUUUCUCUAUGAAUACAAAAGCACGGUUUACAUUUUUGCAUCUGACAUCGAAGGAAAUCUCUGUAUCAUAAAACUGGCGACGUUCGAAAUUAUGGAAGAGGUCAAAAUUUGUAAAAAGAAACUGCGGUUCUGUGGAGUACCUAAUUCAGAUUAUGUUUUUAUAUAUACAGCAGAUACUACAGUUCUGUUCCAGCCAUGUUCUGUAAAUGGAAGAUUUGAAAUCCACGAGGUGUAUACACCUUAUCAUAUAAACUGUUUGAUAACUGGGCAAAAAGACCGUACAAUCAUCAUGGUUACUUCUCAGGGUGGAUUUUACGAUGUAGUUGUUCCUAAAGAUGCUGGAAGAGCUCCGUUUGGCUCUAAACUUGAACAAGUUGCAAAAACCUGUCUCAAAUUUACAACUUUGGAAUCCUCAUCGAGGUAUAUUAUCGUGGCGGCCAUACCAGUAGCAAAUCAUUUGCAAGACAAAUAUUCUGAAAUUCAAGUAUAUGAUACCAAAUGGGUCAAAAACAUUUCUACGUUUAAUUUUUCUAAUAUCAACGAUGACAUCAAGAGCAUAAAAUACGAGAACGUUUUGAUCUCAGACAUGAUUGAUGUACCUCUCCUCAAAAGAACCGAAACAUUAGGGAAAAGAAAAACUUCUGAACUGUAUAAAGAAGUUAUUUUUAAUUCAUGCAUCUUAGUUUCUUUGAAUUUAAACCCAAUAGACGACAUUGAUAGCAACACUAUGAAUAAUUUAAUGUUGUUUUCAUUUGAUGAGGAGUCAGGAUCCAUGGAAUACCAUUUUGGGAUUAACACAGGAUUCUCGAUCACUGGGCUAUAUAACUACUACAAUGGCUGUAUAUUGGUCUGUGGGGAGUCAAUCCAGGCCUACCAACUAAAUUAUUCAAUUCAUAAUAACAAGUUCAGCAUUGAAAAGGUUUCAAAUAGGCUGAAUAUUUCUGGUGUUGCUAUAACGACGUCCGUAUUCUUUGAUGAAAGAAAGGCGAAGAUGGCGAAGAAACAGCGAAAUAUAGACACAUGGAUAUAUGUGGAAAAAAUGGUUUUGCUUGACGUGAGGAAAGGCAUGAUGAGGUUCAAUGCUAUUCACACAACAGAUGGAAACAUAGAAAAGGUUCAACUGCAAGUGCAGCCUCUAGACCCAUUUGAGAGAGAUCUUAUUAACAGCUUUACUGGUAGUGGAAAAAUACUCACUGGUGUAGCGACAGCAACUUUUAAAAAUAUUAGGUAUUUACUGACUUCUUACGGUGGUCAAAAGCUCACAUUAUUUAGUUUUGAACUUGAUGGAAAGGAGGAAGUAGAUGAAAGUGUGCACAAUGUUGCUGCGCAAGUGAUAUCCAUCAACUCAGUGAGAACUACUGAUACCCGAAUAAGUACAAUUUUAGGUGAGCCUACAUUUACACCUUUAUUCUUAGUAACUACCUUACUUAAUGGUUGUUACGUGAUGGGAUUCUUGAAAGAAGAAGCAGUUAUCUCACUAUGUAAGCUAUCAGAAGAGACAUCUGUGCUUUCAAGAGCGCCGGAUCAAAAGUUCUUGGGUUUCCUUGAUCCUCAAAAGGAUGGUAACACUGUAAUAGCCGGAAAUUAUUUUUCUACGUUCUAG